AUGCUUCUGUCCAAAUUCACAGACUAUAUCAAUUGUAAUCUUAACGAUAAGAAACAGGUUCUUGCACUUUUCAUAGACUUCUCCCGGGCUUUCGAUACCCUUGACCACCAAAAGCUCAUUAAAAGUUUAAAUAAUACAGGAAUACAGGGUUAUCCUUUGGAAUGGUGUAGCAAUUAUCUGAAGGAACGGUACUUAAGUGUUAAGAUACAAAAUUGGUAUAGCAAGGACAUGAAAGUUACUGAGGGUACAGCCCAGGGCUCAGUCCUCGGGCCUGUUCACUUUCUGGCGUAUGUCAAUGACAUUAGUAGAACGCUGGCCAAUUGCACCACCUUCCAAUUUGCAGAUGAUACCUGCUUACUCGUUGCCGAUAGUAAUAUAAAUGAACCAAUGGAAAAAUUACAGAUAGAUUUCGACGCUCUCUGCAGAUGGUGCCACGAUGCAGGAUUGGUUCUAAAUGCGCAAAAAACAAAAUUAGUCCACAUUAGCUCAGCUCAUAAAAGAGACAUUCUUCAAAAAAAAAUAAUAUCCCGCUGUCACUCCUGCCUUCAUAACCAACAAUUAUCUAUGACUUAUCCGAAUGAUUGCCAACCCAUUGAGGUCGUAGACAACCACACAUAUCUUGGUCUUGUAAUAGAUCGCAACUUAAACUGGCAACCACAUAUUAAUCGUAUAUGUGAAAAAUUAAGAGCAUUUUUGGCCAACAUCGUAAUAAUAAAAAACCGUAUUUCUUUCUAUACACGCUUGCUUAUUUAUAAUGCCUUUAUAACAUCUGUCUUGUCCUACGGGCUCAGUAAUUAUGGACGUACUUAUCGCACUUACCUAAAUAGUAUUCGUCGAUUGCAAAUAAGAAUAAUUAAAAACAUUGUACCGCCUAAAAUUAAAAUGGACUGCGCUAAUAAUGAUAAUCUAUUAUUCAAAAUCUGUAAAACACUUCCCGUUCACGACCUUGUAAAUUUCAAUUUACUUAAAGAACAAUUCUUCAAUUUGGAUAUUCAAGAGCUAAAGGAACACAAAAUUGCCACACGUCAAGUCACAAACAAAAAAUUAAAUAUACCUAAAAUCAAAAAUAUAUACGGCAAACGUACCAGCGCCUAUCUCAUUCCGGCUUUAGUCAACGAUCUUGAUCUAGAAUUAAGAAAUAAUUUAACUCCAACAAAUAUAAAAUACAUACUUAAGAUGCAUUUCUUGAACAAGCUAUAA